CCUCCACGCAGGCUGCGGUGGAGGCUGGGGCGGGCCGGUCCCCAGCGCUCACCACCAAGUACUUUUGAGCACACCCGCAGUCACCUCCUGCCCUUAAAAGUGACUGUUUCCUCCACUUUCUGAUAGUCUGUCUUCCUCCAGGUGUCCCCUCCACCCCCCAGGCUGCCUUAUUUUGUCCCCAGCUUUCUAAAGGUGGCCCUGGGCUGGAGCGUAGGCUGUGCCGCCUCCAUCCAUUCUGUCCCUGCAGACUGACGCAGGAGCGAGCUGCGACUCACGGGCGUGUCAAGAGAACCAGUUCUGGCAUGAGUCUCCGGGCCCCGGAACAGGGGCUGGCCCCCCUCACCCCUGACCAGGACUGGCCCUUCUUCAUGAUCCCCCCCCCCACCCCGCCUUGCUGAGGCUUUGGUGAGCUCUGCGACGCUUGUGGCCAGGCCUGCCUCCAGCUGGUGGGAGAUUCAGCGGUGUCUUGGAAGAAGAGGGCCGCAGGAGUGAGUAGUGGGUGGCAAGAGGCCAAGGCUUGUCACGAUCAGGUUGGGACAGGUUCAGCUUCCCCAAAACGCCAAGCUGGGGGCCAGUGGAACUUGCAUAUAAACCUCCACCUUGGGCGCCUGGCCACUUCGGUUCCUCCUCGGUCCCUGCCACCUGGCCUGAUCCAAGAUGUCCACUCCCCUGGAGAAAGCGCUGGCCGAGAUGGUGGCCGUCUUCCACAAGUACUCGGGUCGAGAGGGCGACAGGUUCAAGCUGAGCAAGGGGGAGAUGAAGGAGCUGUUACACAGGGAGCUGCCCAGCUUCGUGGGGGAGAAGGAGGAUGAGGAGGGGCUGAGGAAGCUCAUGAGCAACCUGGACGAGAAUGGGGACCAGCAGGUGGACUUCCAGGAGUACGCGGUCUUCCUGGCUCUAGUCACGGUCAUGUGCAACGAUUUCUUCCAGGGCUCCCCGGAGCGAGCCUGAGGCUCGGGGCUCCGCUUCCCGCCGCCAGGUCUCUGGGGACUGAGAGGGCUUGCCGUCGUUUUUCACAUUCUGUGCUAAAUAAACUUAGUUUUUUUAAUUUU